GAGCUGCUCCAGAAACUGUUUGAGCAGAAGGUCUGUGAGAAGUGCCCUACUAUAUAUCAUCACAAAUACAACAUCUAUUCUACACAACAAAUAUAACAAAUAUUCUAUACACAAGUUCUCCCAGCGUGCUCCUGGAGAGGAGAUUCUGGCAGUCCAGAAUGAUGCAACAGAUCUUGAGAGACAUGUUUGUCGAUCCAGAGCUUCUGGCUGAACUAAAUGAGGAGCAGAGGCAGAUUCUUUUCUACAAAAUCCGUCAGGAGCAGGUGCGACGAUGGACGGAUCAUGAGAGCCAAGAGGAAAGCUGGGAAAGACCCCUAACCAAGGAGAGAAAUGAAAACAGAAGGAGUGUUCAGUGGCUGCAGGGCAGAGAUGGCGAGGUGUGGGUCUGGGUAAUGGGGGACGCCCCUGGAGACAAACCAUACGAGAUGAUUGUCAAAGAGCUGAUGGAGGACAGAGCCAGGCGACAGGCUCAGCUAGAAGCCCAGGAGCUGUGGCGGAAGAAAGAAGAAGAAAUAAAGCAAAAGUUCAGAGAUGCCAUUGCAAAGGAAAAAGCCCGCUUAGUUGCAGGAAAGUGGAAGGAAGAAGCUGAUGACAGGAAGGCAGCCAAACAGGAGGAGGAACGGAUACAGGAGAAACUAAAGAAACAAGAGGAAGAGGAGAGGCAGAGGGAAGAGGAGGAGAUACGACGUGCAGAGGAAAAAAGGGCGAAGGAGCUAUAUAUGUCCCUUGAGCAAGAACAAAAAAGAAGUGAACAACGUGACAAAGAGUGGGAGGAACAAUUACGUCGCUCCAAAGAAGCUGAUGAGGAGAUGACAAGAAAGGCUCGCUGGGCAAGAGAUGAGUAUAAGCGCCAGUCACUACGGGCCAUAGAGAAAGGCCACGUUGCUGGCCUGAGUGGCCAUUUCCAGAAACAAUCCCACCGGAGACACAGUACUUUCAUUGAACCAUCUGUUAGUCCUGUUUCUAGUAAUGAAGUCCGUCCCAGGCUUGGCCUUCAGCGUGCAGAACCUCCUCUGUACCGGCGCAGACAAAGCCGCAGACAUAGUACAACAGCACUAAUGGACAGCCCUGCAUGGGUGCAAACACCACGGCCCAGUUCCAGGGAGAUGGUUAUUCUCUGGUUCACUGAAGAGCAGAAACCAAAACAAGCGGGACACGAACGGAAUGGCAAUGCUAUCGCACCGUGGUUCCACGGUAUCAUCUCCCGAGAGGACUCGGAGACACUGCUUAUGAAUGCUGCUGAGGGCUCUUUCUUGGUACGGGUCAGUGAGAGGAUAUGGGGCUACACACUGUCCUAUCGCACAGCCGGCGGUUUCAAGCAUUUCCUUAUCGAUGCUUCUGGGGACUAUUACAGCUUUCUGGGUGUGGACCAAAACCGUCAUGCCACCCUUGCUGACCUCAUCGACUUCCACAAGGAGGAAAUCAUCACAACUACAGGGAAAGAGCUGCUGCUGGAUGCCUGCAAGCGGACUGGGCCCUCUGUGGACUUCGGAGGGCUUUUCCCAUGAUUCCUUACACGCUAAAGACUUCAAAGGCAAAUCUCUAUAGGGCAGCUAAUGUAGCAGGGUGUUCACUGCAUUUCAAAGAACAUGGUCAAAAAUAAACAAGACUUCUGGUCCUCAUGUUCUGCCUCCGAGUUACAGUGCCUUAUGAUCAGGCCUCAACGGAAAGACUUUUUUUCUGUGCUAAUUUUUAAGGAAAAUAUGUAGAAUUCUGGUUUUAUACAUUGUGAAUGUGUUAAAUGAUGCAGAUUAUACUACUUAUGUAGAAAUGCGUAGACCUUUGUGACACAGUGUUUUCUGUGCUGAUUUUGAAUGAAAACAUGAAGAAUUCUCAGUUUAUACAUGUAAAAUGUGUUAAAUGAAGCAGAUUAUACACAUUAUAUAGAAAUGUGUAAAACAUUAAAACAUUGCAUUUUCUGUGCUGAUUUUUAAUAAAAAUAUGUAGAAUUCUGGUUUCAAAAUGGUAAAAUGUGUUAAGUGAGGCAGAUUAUACAAAUUAUACAGACGUAUGUACAACUUUUAGGCUUUUUUUUUUUUUUUGCAUUUCCUGGACUGAUUUUUAAGGAAAAUUUGUAGAAUUCUGAUUUUAAACAUGAAGCAGAUUAUACUGAUUAUGUACAAAUGUAUAGACACAAACUAGCCUGAUGUAAAGGAACUGUGCAAUGCAUGGAUCCGGGUUUUUUUGUAGAUGAAAAGCCAUUAGUGAUCAAUUUUCUGCUCUUUUCUGUAAUUAUUUAUUCAAAUGCAUUCAUGUAGUGCAAGCUUAAAUGUAUCUGAAAUAGGAAUUAUUAUUUUCUGUUCUUUAUAACAGGAUGUGAUAUGAAAAGCUGUGUAAAUAAGAACCAGUGUGGACACUGAAACAAUGCAUCCAAAGAAAGUGUGACUAAGGAAGGUCUGAUUUAACAACAACAGGAAAGGACUGUUUCCUCAGUCCAUCCUUUAGUUGUACUGUAGCUUUUUCCAUGAGAGAGAUAGUCGUUCUGUAUCUUCCACUGAGAGAAAUCAGAUCUUCUAUACUUCUGACCCAGCAAAAUAUGUGCACAUCACCCUACAGAGGGUCAAUGGUCUUUUUUAUUUGUUCGCAAUAUGUUCCCACUCCAUCUGCCCUGCCAGAAAAGGCCAUAAUGGGACUUUUUAUUAGGAUGGAUUGUCAAAGGUGUUCAAUCUAAUGUAGAGGUGACCGUGAAAUGGUGAAGUUACCAAGAUCCCAGUUCUGCUUUAUCACCAUUGAGUAAGACACUCCAGGUUUCUCCAGGAUGAUUGUGCUUGUAAUUAGUGUGCUGUAAGUCACUUUGAACUGGAA